AUGGUGUCUUCUAACCUUAAGCGUUGUCCCGAGAGUCGCAGUAGCGUUAGGCGAGUUGAUGACGAGCUCAAUGAAAUCUUUCAGCUCGAUGGUGUUUGGGAAACCGCUUGGGAGGAACCCAUUGGGGAUAUGAAAGAAAUGGUACUUGUUGACGCCAAGCAGUACGCCGCCUUUCUGAAAUGGCAGGCUGGGAAUCAUGAAGGUGAGUCUACUAACCCCUCACUUAAGCAUAAAGGUAAGUCCACCGAUGUCUCCGAGAAGAAGGAGAAUACCGACCCAACCCAGCUUGAGAAGCAAGAAAGCAACAUUCAGUCAUCCCAACAUGACGCUGAGAAUCAUACUCGCGAUUCACCGAGUGAUGACGAAGCCAGGGCAUUGUGCGAAGAGUUUGAGAGAAAGAUGGACCGCAUGAGCACCCUGCAUGAGUUUCAACACAUUCUUAAGCACCUAGAAAUGCCACAGCUCAUGGAUAAUGAUGUGAGGCUCUUCAAGCUGGUCAAGCUCUUCGAGAAGGUCAAGAAUAUGGAUGACGAGGAGAGACAGAAAAGCUCACACAGCGGCAGAAACUAA